AUGGCGGAAUCUAACCUCAAUUCGGAGCAUCAGCAACCGGGAACCGGCUUACCUGGCGGUCCACAGCACCCGGGAAUGCAGCAAAACCAUCUGCGUCAUUCAGCUCCAUUUUUCAACGGUCCACCAUCAUCGCAACAAUCAGCGAAUAGCAGCUCAUUUUCUACAGAAACCACACACCAGCUCUUUCAGCAGCUUAUGCAGCAGCAGCAGUUAUUCAUGCAGCAGCAGCAGCAACAGCUAAUGCAGCAGCAGCAAGAUUUCUUCCGGAGUGUCAUAUCAUCGAUCAAUGUUCAGGUCCCUCCAAACCCUGAAAUGAUUCUCGACUCGCUGGCGAACAACAUCAAAGAGUUUCGCUACGAUCCGGACGGAAACAUAACCUUCGCUGCAUGGUAUGGCAGAUACGACGAUUUGUUUGAGCAAGAUGCCGCACGGUUGGACGAUGAAGCGAAAGUCCGCUUGCUCAUGCGGAAACUAGGAUCAGCAGAACACGAACGUUACGUGAGUUAUAUCUUGCCGAAAUCGCCAAAAGAUUACAAAUUCAGCGAUACAGUGGAAAAGUUGAAAACUCUUUUCGGCGCUGCUGAGUCUGUCAUCAGUAAACGGUAUCGGUGUGUACAGGUAACCAAACAACCGACCGACGAUUAUGUUACGUACGCUUGUCGAAUCAACAAGACUUGUGUUGAAUUCGAGCUGAGCAAGCUGUCCGAAGAGCAGUUUAAAUGCUUAAUGUUUGUUUGCGGACUAAAGUCAGAGGGAGACGGCGAAAUACGAACGCGGCUGCUGGCGAAAAUCGAAGAACGUGAUGACGUCACACUAGAGCAUCUUUCGGAAGAUUGUCAGCGAUUGUUGUGCCUGAAGCGGGACACGGCAAUGAUCGAGUCAUCAGCAUCAACGUCAUCAGUGAAUUUCAUCAAGCGAAAACAGCAGUUUUCAAAACGUCAACAUAAGCCACCAGUGGAGACAGCCGGACCAGACAAGAGCAAAAAUAUUCCUUCUAUACCCUGCUGGUACUGCGGGGGAAUGCACUUCGUUCGAGACUGCACUCAUCGGAGCCACAAAUGCAAGAACUGCGGCAACAUCGGACAUCGCGAGGGAUAUUGUUCCUCUGCCAAGCGAAAUUUCAAGACCAGCCGAAACAGAAAGCACCCAGGAUCGUUAAAUACAAAAACCGUAAAUCUCCGUAUAAAUACCGUCGAUCAAAAGCGCCGUUUUGUUAAAAUUGUACUGAACGGUGUGAAGGUGCGUCUACAGUUGGACACGGGGUCUGACGUUAGCAUCGUAUCGAAACGCUUGUGGGAGAAAAUAGGUAAACCACCCACUGCACCAGUAAAUGAGCUAGCCUCAACAGCGUCAGGCGACCGAUUGCAGUUUUUGUUUAAGUUCAGCUGUCUAGUUUCUUUCAACGGUGAACAACAUCACUGUCAGUUUUACGUGGUCGAAAACCCGCUUUAUCUUUUCGGAAUCGAUUUGAUGGAAGCAUUCGGUCUCUUUUCAUUACCCAUUAGCAUGUACUGCAACAACGUCAGUGUUCCUGCUAUCACUUUGCAGUCACUCAAAGCGGCAUACCCGAGGGUAUUUAGAAUGGCUUAUGCAGUACACAGCACGGUUGACAACGAACUUGACCGACUGGAACGAGCAAAAAUCAUCACACCGGUAGACUUUUCGGACUGGGCAGCACCCAUCGUCGUUGUCAGAAAAACGAACGGGUCCAUUCGCAUUUGCGAAGAUUACUCUACAGGUCUCAACAAUGUACUCCAACCGCAUCAGUACCCGUUACCGCUACCGGAGGAGAUUUUCAACAAGUUGGCUAAUUGUACUGUAUUUAGCCGAAUCGACCUGUCGGAUGCGUUCCUGCAAGUAGAGGUUGACGAAAGUAGUCGUGAUUUAUUAACCAUCAACACCCAUCGUGGACUCUACCGGUACAAUCGUCUGCCACCGGGAGUCAAAACAGCACCGGGAGCUUUCCAGCAACUUUUCGAUACAAUGCUGGCAGGUCUUCCUCAUACGUGUGGUUAUUUGGAUGACGUCGUCGUUGGUGGUGUCACUACUGAGACACACUGGGAAAACCUUCGCGCAGUGUUUCAAAGAAUCAGCGAGUUUGGAUUUACCAUCCGAGUGGAAAAGUGCAUCUUCGCUCAGCCUCAAAUCAAAUAUCAAAAGUUCAAGCCAUUAACGAAAUGCCACCGCCCACUGAUGUAUCUGGUGUUCGGUCCUUCCUAG